GAAAGCUAGUUAAGUAAUGGCGGAUUAGUCUAACAAUGGGAGAUUUGCGUAAGUUGCCGUAGUUUCUUGCUAAGAUUUAACCCUUUCCCUCUCGAUUGUUGCCUUAAAGGAUAUAUCAGCCAUAGUAUUGAUGGCUGAGCGUGAAGAAGAUGUCUAUGAGAGAAAGGAAAGCAAGAAAGAUAAGGGGUAUGUGGCAUUUCGAUCGGAUGAUGACAGCGUCGGCGAAGAAGAGGAAGAAGAAUCCAGACCUAAAGGCAAGAAAGUCAAGAGAGAGAAAUCAAGGUCACUGGCUCUUCGUAUAAAACCCAAAAAACAGAAGAAGGAGAAGGAGAAUAAAGAAAAAGAAAAAGAAAAAGAAAAGAAGAAGAAGAAGAAAUCAGAAACAUGCUCACCUCCUCAGGCACCAAGGAAGGCUGUGUUCGGAGUUCCUUUAGAAGUUGCAGUCAAACAGUCCAGUCUUCCAGAUGGAGUAGAGCUGCCUAGAGUAUUCAGAGAUGGGAUCGUUUACAUUGAAGAAAAUUGUCUAGAAAUUGAAGGAAUUUACAGAGUAUCUGGGAUGAAGUCUAAGGUAGACUCCUUAAAGGAAUUGUAUGACCAAGGAAAGUCAGUGGAUCUCACAGAGUAUGAAGCUGAAGCUGUGACCAGCCUGAUUAAGCUGUACAUCCGAGAAUUACCUGAAAACAUUCUCACCUCUGCAUUGCUUCCAAAGUUCAAUGAAAUAUCAGCGAUACAAGAAAGAAAAGAUCAACUGGAGAAGGCCAAACUUCUCUUAGAUGAGUUACCAGCAUGUAACAGAACAUUAUUGGCUUGGCUCUUUACUCAUAUGUCACAUGUUAUGGAAAAGUAUUCGUCCAACAGAAUGAAUCUACAGAACAUUGGCAUAGUUCUCAGUCCAACAAUGAACAUAGGACAUGGCAUUCUGUUCAUCUUCCUAAAUUAUGUCAGCGAACUCUUCCCUGAUACAAAAAUUACAAGGUACAAUGAGUCACUCACCAAGACUGUCAGAAGGGAUGAAGAUGAGGAAGAUUUACCCAGUAGUCCUGAUGCAAUAGCGUCAGCACUGGCCAAACAAGAGAAAGUUCUCUCUCAACUUCAUGAACAUCUCAACAUGAAAACAACAGAAAAUUUGCAGUUUGCGGGUCAAGAUGAAAUGCUCUGGGAAGUCCAACGGAAGGUGACCCUUCUCAAGAGAAAGCUAAGGAAUGCCAAGAAGAAAAUUUCUCAGACCAUACAACCAGAGGAAAUCCAGAAAACUCAAGUUGUUGUUGAGAAGGUGGAACAUCCUGCUGAAAAACCAGCUGAAGACAAUGGGUUCAUUGCUCUUUUAGAAGCCUCUGAAGCAGAACUGUUACUUGAGCAAGAAGAGUUGACCCUAAUUGGAAAUGAGUUAAGGAGACGGAUUGAAAAUGAGAAGAAAGAGAUUGAAAGAUUGAGUACUGAAAUAACAGCUGUCAUGGUUGCAAAGGAACAGGAUCCUGAUUCCACUGCAGACAGAAGUUCUGAUUCAGAUUCAUCUGAAGAUGAAGUUGAAAAUGAGGAUGACCUUGAAAGAAUGUUGGCAGAACUUAUCGAACAAAAUGCAGAACUGGAGCGUAAGAACACAGAACUCUGCCGCAACAUUCAUGAGGAAAGAGAAGUUUGUGUAGAGCUCCAGGUACAGAUUAAAAUUCUUGAAGCCAAGCAAGAGCCACAGACAGAUCCUGAUCCUCAGGAAGAGAACACAGAACGCAGCUCAAUCAACACUUCCAGCACUACAGUAACUACUGUUUGAUAUUAAAGAAUGUGCAGUACUUGAUCUGUUAAUGGAUUGGCUGGAUGGCUUUGAAUGUAUGAUGGAUGAUGACAAGCAAUUUAGAGGCACACCAUGAUGUACCACAGACACUCCAUGAUGCACCACAGACCAAUUUAAUUGUGCAGAAAAUGUGUAAAAAUUACAUUAACAAGUUCCUUGCUUUUCUGAUGUUUAUUUUUAUUAAUGAAAUUUUUGUUUGCAGUGUAAACUCUACUAAGUUUGUGGUAUACAAAGUUGCAUUAAUUUUUUUAGUACUUACAGUCGCUACAUAGUUAUAACAAACCAUAACAGUUCUGUUUGCAUUAAUCUUUCACUCCCAAGACUGAUGAAUGAUACCUGUGAUUUGUGUUGUCUUGAUAUGGGACAAAACAAAUUUUCAGGACUCGCAAACCAGAAGAAAUAUCAUAGGGCAUUGCAAUCAGCAAUUAACUACUGGUACCAAGAAAUCACAUCUUGAGAGUGAAAAGGAAGAUAUCCUUGGUUUUCUCUUGACUACAAAAAUACUUUGAAGUUUUCUUUCCUUAUUGUAACUUGGGUGCAUCAUUUAAAUUUAUCUAUUAUAAUUAUCUGCACUUCAGCCAUCUUUUGUACUGAAAUCUUCCAGUCACUUUCUUGGCUGUAAUUAGCAAGAAACUAUUUCUCUCAAAUUCUAAUUUUGUUGUUCAAGAACGGUGUAGAUUUCUCUCUGAACUGUUUAAAAACAUUUCUUGCUGGAGUUUUAUAAAAAUCAAUUAUAGAAAAAUGGAAUUAGCCCUUAGGGCUUUUAAGCCCUAAGGGCUAAGGCCUAAAAGCCUUUUAAGCCCUAAGGCCUAAAAUUUUUUAAAAAUUUUGUUAACAUGGGGCAAAGCUCUACUAUUGUGACUCUCAAUGAUAAAAGUAAGUUAAGUGAAUCGGCAAGUGAGAAGCUAGUAAUAAUAUUGUAAUAAUAUUAUUGUAAUAAUAUCAUUACAAUAAUACACCCAAUAAUUGUAUUUAAAGGAGAUUAUUAGAUGUAUUAAAUACAAAAUUUGUUAAAUAAAGUUAUCAUUGUAACCUAUUACUAUGUGCCUCUGUUUUUUUUUUUUUAAUCCAUGCAUUUAAGACAUCAGGAGAUAUAUUCCUGUUAUCAGUAGUAACAAAUGACAAAUUCAAUUGACCUGGGCCAGGUUGUUCAAAGCUGAGGAUAAGGUAACCCAAGGUUAGAGUGAAAUUUGAUUUCAUAUCUGAAAGCUUUUAAUGAAAAUUCAAUUUUUAUUCUUUUGUCUACAAUUUGAUAAUUGGAUUUUCUGAAAAGAAUAGAGAAAAUUUUCCCCAAAAGGCUUUUGAACAGAGAAAUAAUGAAAGCUGGAUUCACAUUUAACCCUAGGUUAGUGCUAAUCGGCCUUCGAACAACUGGGCCCUGAUCUUUUCUCAAAUGCUCAGAGAUGAUUCAUUGUACUUACAUCAACUAGAUUAUGCGUGAUAUGUAAAUGAAAAUAUGUGCAAUUUUCUUUUCCUGAGCUUGGAAUUAAUGAAGUCAAGGAAAGGUCUUUGGUCACAUUGAUUUGUUCCAAUAAAGGCAGAUUCAAUGUUGCAGAAAAUUUUGGUGAAUCACUAUGAUCCCUUGAAACACCAGCCAAAAGAUUUGCAACCACAGUGCAGCUACCUUUAUCAAUUACACAUGGUUAGUAUAACUUCUCAGGUGAUUAUAGAGAUGUGCACCCUCUGAUUUGUCAAGGAUUGUACCUGGCGAUAAUCACAAGGUGGUUCUAGCCAGAACACUAACUUUUAAAAUGGCUGCCUUGUGUUUUGUCAAUGUUACCAAGGAAGUGAUAAACAUAAUAAGAAAAAAUUCAAUUCCAAAUAGUACAAAUGAUUCUACUGAGGUUCACGUAAAGUUGAUAUCUUUCAAAGAAAGAUAUCAAAAGAAAGAUAACUUUUUUGCUGACUGAAUUAAAUAACCCUGUUAAAUUUAGUGAAAACUGGGUACCAGUAUCUCAGUAUCUGGGUUACCAGUAUCU